CCGGAUGCUACCCCAAACUUUUCCAUCAUCCCAUGGACACUGAUUCUGAAAAGGAAGACAUGGAGGCCCAAGGGGGCGCACCUUACGGUUAUCCCACCAGCUGUCCCAUCAGUCCUGAGCCAGAGGAUUUCCUCGAGCUCGCGCCGCAUCGCCCCAUGCCCCGCCGAGCUAUGGAGUCAUUCGAGAACCUCGUCGCGCUGGCCAACUACCAAGAGCGCCUGAAGGGUGCGCGGAAGGUGAUCUGGAGGGAUAAAGGCCAGCCUGUGGUGCAGCUCAAGACGUUGCGGGACUGCGUGGAGCAUGCGUCGACAGGGGGGUUCAGGGCAGCGACGCUGGCAUUCAACAUUCGCGCGUCGCUCAACUUGGUUCUGGCUUUGAUCAGGAUACGGAAGGUUCCAAGGGACGACCGGCUCACCCUCAUCCGGCAUGCCGUAUUUGGUGCGGACUCGCUACGGUUUGCAGCCAUGCUGGGCACGUUCGCUGGGUUGUACAAAUUCCUAUUGAACGCUCUUCCCAUCCUCCUGCCUGCGAUCAAACCCCGAGAACCGUCGGCCUUCGGAGACGAUGAUGAAGAAGAAGACGAGGAGAUCGAACUUCCCGCUCCAGGCUCCGCCGCACCUCGUCACCGACAGCGCUCAGCACGUCUCUCUGCGAGUGCUCACGCGCAGAUGGUGCUUGUCAGAAAACGCACGCGCCGUUGGCAUGCUGCUCUUGCGGGUGCCAUCUCUGCCAGUCUUGCCAUACUGUGGGAAAAGCGGGGCAGAAGGGUGAUCAUUGCGCAGCAAUUGUUCGUCCGCGGUAUGCAGGGCACGUACAAUUCAUACUCCGAGCGGCACCACUUCAAGAUUCCGUUCGGCAGCGUCAUCGUUUUCGCGCUUGCCUGCGGACAGAUUAUGUACUCCUUCACCAUGCGUCCCGACACGCUUCCGCAUUCGUACAUCAAUUGGAUCCACACUGCGAGCAAAGUUCCCCGCGCAGGUGUGCAGAUCAACCGCGCCGCCGUGCGCAACGGAGAAAUGGAUCUAGCUGCACUCGACAAGAUCAUCGCUCAGCGUGACACAACCCACAAAAAUCUCAGUCUCUUGAUGCAGUUGCGCGACGAUGUGAUGGCAGGACGACCUUUCCCGCUGUAUGCCCCAUGUGCUACGAUACACCCUGCCGUUUCCAGCUGUUGGACUGUCCCCCUGGACCGUUUCGUGGACGUCUUCCGCUGGAUGUUGCCCAUCUACUCUGCGCUCCAUUUCCUGCCGGCGAUCCUUUUCCGGUGGAAGAUGUUCCGCGCGGAUCCAGGCCGAGUUCUGGUCCGUGCAGGUGCGGGCAGUCUCCGUAGUUCCGCGUUCUUGGGUGUAUUUGUCGUUAUCUACCAAGCUAACAACUGCCUGCGCACCAAGCUGUGGGAGAAGAUCUCCCGCUCCCCAGCCCUCCGCCGGCUGAUUCCUGCUGCGCUUGCCAACCUGCUCAUCUCGAAGCCCGUGCACUGGGUGCUCGGAUUCUUGUCUGGCUUGGCGCUGUUGAUCGAAGACGAACGUCGCCGGGCUGAGCUGGCUAUGUACGUUCUGCCGAAGGGGCUUGAGAGUGCGUGGGUUGCAGCGCGGGGCCGGGGACUUGUGUUCCGGACUGGUAACUGGGGCGAGAGCGUGUUGACCGGAAUGGGCAUGGCGAUGGUCAUGAGCAUAUACCAGAACGAUCCCGUACAUCUCUCGGGGCUCGUUCGUAGAAUUUUGUACCAAUUCAUCGGGCCGAAUUGAGUUCGAAUGUAACAUUAGCCAAUUCCAGCAAAUACGGGUUAAUAAUAUGGGCCGACCCCUCUACUCUAAGGCAAUCACACCGUCCCGAGGGAAAAGGGUAGCAAUGAUACUGCGCAGGAUGAGAUGACGGUCAGGAUUAGUAGUAACAUCAGGACGCACUCGAUGUUGUAUGAAUCCGGUGUGAUCUCGUGCUUCCAGUCGAACUGCAUCGCAGCGACAGCGACGACGAGGGCGAUGUUCAUCAUGGCGUACUCCAAGCCGAUGCACUUGUGCGGGCCCGCACCCCACACCAUGUAGUUCUUCGGGUUCUUGUUCGCCGCGUUCUCGGGGUCGAGCCAGCGCUCGGGCAUCAACGUGUCGGGUUCAGGGUAUACGGUGGCGUCGUGGAGAGAGUUGUAGAAGGACGGGAUCAGCAUGCUGCCGGAGGGCACAGUGUAGUCGUCGGAGAUGGGGAACGCCUUGGUCGAUUUAUAGGGCACCAUCACGACGGGCGGCUUCACGCGGAGACUCUCCUUGACGAAGGCUUGCAGGUACGUCAUCUCGUCCAUGAGCUCCAGCGUAAGCUGCUGGUCGUAGUCCCCCUUGCGCACCCGGACCUGCUCCUCGCGCACCUUGGUGAGGAUGUCCGGUCGGUCGACCAGAUGCUGGAACGCGUAGAUGAGCCCGCUGGACAUGGCGUCCUGCGACGCGAACAAGAAGGACAUGAGGACCAUCCCCAUCUCGUGGUCGCUGAAAUCCCGGCGGCCUUUGUAUCCGGGGUCGUUGAGGAGUUGGUUCCACGAAUCAAGCAUGCAAGUCGGCUCCCCGCCGCCAGCCAUCUCUUCCUUACUCCUCUUGGACGCGAAUUCGAGCCAGCCCAAAGCGACCUUGCGCGCCUGGAUGGCCUUGUAGAUCUUCGUUCCGGGAAGUGCCAGGGGGAAGUUGACUAGCUCGAGAGCCUGUGUAAUGAACCAGUACUUGUCGCUGAUCUCCUUAGCCGCAUCAUCGGGGAUGUAGCUGCCGCAGAAGACGCGCAGGGAGGUAUCCAUGUUGAGCCAUCGCGCGGGCAUCAUAAGCGGUUGUGCGGACUUUCCGAAAUCCUGGCGCCAUUCCUUGAGGUGUUUGCGAGUAAUCACAUCCUGGAUGCCGACAUAUAAUCUGGACAGAGGUGAAUAAGGAAGGAGAUAACAGAAAGAUGCAGCAGCAUCGCAUACCCUAGGGCCUUUCUCGUGAACAGGUUGUUCAACCCGCGUCGGUAAUCGACAUGCUCCUUCCCGGUCAAGAAUACCCUGCAGCAUUGUGAGGCGAGACACUGCGCGGCGACAGAUCGAUGGCAUACCAGUUCUCUGGUAACAAUACAGACUUUGCCGAGUUGACCAGGCACGGCUCAGCGUACGUGGGAGAGUGGAGGAUUUUGCGGGCAUAGUCGUUGGAAGAGGCCAUGACAAUGAAACUGGAAUUCGAAUGAGCUCACACGUUCAUGGCGCGUUGAGGGAGAGGCACUCACAUAUUAAAUACACUGACGGCGCUCAGGUCACCCGAGUCCCAUUGCUUCUUGUAGUUCUCGACGGUGGGUUUCAGGGAGUCGGCGAAUUUGCCGAUGAGGGGGAUAGUCCACUUCGCGCCGGGGAGAUGUCGCUUCUUAGCCCGAUAGAUGCCCUGUUCGAGAGCGAGCAGGGCGAAGAGGAUGGCGCCGGUGGUAUACAGCCAUUUGAUAGAACUGGAAGGAGACGAUGAAGCAAGGGCAUGGAGAGGGUUGGACGUGAAAGAAGGGAUGGCAGCUGAGGAGGCUUUGAGGAUGGAAGACAUGGUGGAAGGAGGUGAACCUUGGGCAACCGACAAACGACUUUUACUCCAUCAAUCGGACGAUUUCCAUUUCGAAAAAAUCUGCUUAUGUAAGUAAUGGUCAAGAUUCCCGUCUGCAGCGCCCGUCUAGCGCCAGUCCAGUGUCUCAAAAGGGAAGGCUAGAUCGCAUACGCCUUGAUGACAUGUUCUGGACAGUAGUGGCCGGAGCGCUAGGCGCGUUGCACUAACAUUCUCAAGGUCAAAUGGGGACUGCAUGACGCUGACAUGUUGGAGAUUACGAAUCUGUUGAGUGUAAUGUACUUAAGAGUAGUAUUGGUAUUCACCAUGCAGAGCGCGUUCUCUCCCAUGGCUUUGAGCGCUGCAGUCCGGCGUGAGCGGAGACGAUGUGCUCAAUAAGACGAAUGCGGUCCGGAUGGGUGUUUCUGAUCCCGACUACCAGUCCAGCCCUUGCCCCUUGCGUAGACUGGGGGCAGCGGGGCCAAGGCCGCCGUCUGUUCCGCCCAGGACUGAAUACGCAAGUCAGCUUCAGACUGUGGUCGGCUGUUGUCCCCGGGUACAGCUGGCUGGUGCCGUGGUCGCGCUGAGACCAGGGUCGAGCCGGCAAAGGUUGGCAUGGGGAACGCCCGCACCGCGCCUUUGGGCAUGUAGGGAGCGUAUAUGGCACGCCGGCGGCGGCGGCGGCGAUGCAAAAUGAACGCGACGGUUCCGAGUGAGAUCAGGAUGAGGAUGACAACCAAGGCGGUGACGAUCGCCCCAACAUGUGUCCUGGGAAGAUUCGGGGACAGCGCGGAUUGCGAUGAUGGAGACGAGGGGGCUGACGAGGGCAACAGCGGAGAUGAUGAGCUUUCGUCGAUGCCAGCGAGACCAUUAUCGAAUCUGGUUAUAUUCAGUACACGAAUGAAGGGCAAGCGACACUCAGAAUGUCACGCACGAAUAUAUCACCGAGUCCAAUAUCAUUAUCGCCUCUGGUCCACCGGCAUGCCCGUUCUGCAUCGUCAGCACAUGGAACCCGGGAACGAGAUUCGUUGCGGAGAAGACAAUGGAGUUGUAGUCAAAGCCCGCAGAGUCAGCGGGUUCGGCUUUGAACGUGUCAGCUACAGCUCCAUCGAUGGAGAACGUCAUGUCUGAUCUGCCUGAAGCGUCGCGGUCGAGGACACAGUUCACAUAGACCGCCGAGCCAUUGAAGGUUACAGACGCAGUCAAGGCUUGGUUAGGAAAGAUAGCGAUUGCCGGGUCAGUCGAAAACUGUAAUAAACAGACCGAUGUGAAGAUAAAACGCGUGUGAAGUAGACUGUGGGCGUACCACAGACUUGUGCAGGGACUGGCCGACCAGCUUCGAAGACUGCAGUCCGCCAUGCUUCUUGUUGAUGCAUUUGCACGCUUGGGCAUCCAACCAGGCCGCAGGCGGGUCGUAGAUAAUCUGCGCCCCACUAUGCGGGUCUCCGUUGGUGUCGUCAAUCGUGACAUUCACAAGAACCGCCUGGGUGAGAGAAGAAUAGAGCAAAAACAAAAGUGGGGCCAGCAACGAAGAGAGCAUAAUGAGAAUGGCGACAGCAACGGAAGUCCCCGACCUCCGUGCGGUCCAGCGCCCGUAGAAAGAAGAGAACGAACGAAACAGACGAGUGGUGGAAGGCAAGAGGCCGACGACGCCGAUGCCCAACACAUCUUGAUGAAAC